AGCUCGCUCCCUUCUGACCUAGAGGCUUGAUGGCUGCGGCUCUUGUCGAUGGGGUGCCUGCCUGCAGGAGAGAGAUCUUUUUUCUCCUGCGCAGCACAGUGCGAAAGUUUGCUUCACUGACUGAUGGCGAAGCCAGGGUGGCACAGAUCCUUAAAGAGAAGUUCCCUCAAGCAGCUGCGAUCAAAGUGGUGGAUAUAUCAGGUGGCUGUGGAGCAAUGUAUGAAAUUCAUAUAGAAUCUGAAGAGUUUAAGGAAAAGAGAACUGUUCAACAGCACCAGAUGGUCAAUCAGGCUUUAAAUGAAGAGAUUAAAGCAAUGCAUGGGCUACGGAUAUUCACUUCUGUUCCCAAGCAGAGAGACUAGAGCUGGCGAGUGACACACAGGAUUUGUGGAAACUGGGAAUUGGUGGAAGUGCAGAAUCAGUGCUUGGAGGCUAUGAAGGGCUGGCUGAGGAUGAGCAAACUGAAACUUAAUCCAAACAAGAUGGAAGUAUUGUUGACCGGGGGUGGGGGUAAUGCUGACAUGGGAUUGUUCUGGAUAGGGUUUUACUCUACAUAAGGUUUGCCAUUUGGGAAUGCUCCUAGGCUCUUCUAUGUUCCUUGAUGAAUAGCUGACAGAUGAAGCCAGAGGUGCUUUUCAUCAGUUUAGGUUGGUUCGCCACAAUCAUACACUCAUGGAUAAUGUUACAUUACUGUAUCAUGCUGCAUUAUUCAGACUAUUCAGCUGGUACAAAAUGCAGCCGCUGGAGUGCUAACAGGGAUCUGCUGCAGUGAACAAAUUAACACCCUACUAUGCCAACCACACUGAUUUCCAGUUUAUUUCCAGGUCCAAUUCCAAGUGCUGGUUUCAACCAUUAAAGCCCUCAGUGGUAUGGGUUCCAAAUACCUGAUAGAUUGCUUCCACCCAUAGGAACUAGCCCAAGUCCUCAGAUCAUCCCUGCAGGAAUCCAUUGUUCCAGAGACCCAGUUAUCAGGGACAUCUGGGUGGGCUUCUGCAAGCCUGUGGCUCUCCCUACCCGUAAAGGUGCAGGUCUUUCAGAGGAAUUUGAAGACAAAUUUAUUCCA